UAACCAGUCAUUUCUGCCCGCCAAGUUGCGGACAGAGUGCCUCACUCGGGGCCUCUGUGGCCAGAGCGACAAGCACAGUCCCUGGUACCAGCUUCUCGGAGGCCAACACUCAGCAUGGCCAAGGUGGAAGCCCACGGUCGCUUGUGGCUGGAGAGCCCCCCCGGAGGAGCGCCUCCCAUCUUCCUGCCCUCGGACGGACAAACCCUGGUCCUGGGCCGGGGCCCCCUAACCCGGGUCACGGACCGGAAGUGCUCCCGAAACCAAGUGGAGCUGGUUGCAGACCCCGAGACCCGGACAGUGGCCGUGAAACAGCUGGGCAUUAACCCUUCAACCGCUGGAACUCAGGAGUUGAAGCCAGGGUUGAAGGGUUCUCUGAGAGUCGGGGACACCCUCUAUUUGGUCAAUGGCCUCCACGCACUCACCUUGCGCUGGGAAGAGACCUGCACACCAGGAUCCGAGCCAGAUACUCCACCCAGGACCCCUCCUGUGGCCCCAGAUGAGGAACAGAAGAAGGAGGAUUCUGAACCACAGAAAAAGCGGAUGCGGAAGUCGUCCCUGGGCUGGGAGAAUUUGGAGAAGCUGCUGGUGUUCACCGCACCUGGGGUGAAGCCCCAGGGCAAGGUGGCUGCCUUUGAUAUGGACGGGACCCUCAUCACCACCCGCUCUGGGAAGGUCUUUCCCACUGGCCCCAAUGACUGGAGGAUCUUGUACACAGAGAUUCCUCGAAAACUCCAGGAGCUGUGUGUGGAAGGCUACAAGCUGGUGAUCCUCACCAACCAGAUGGGCAUUGGGCGAGGGAAGGUGCCAGCAGAAGAGUUCAAGGCCAAGGUGGAGGCUGUGUUGGAAAAGCUAGGGGUUCCCAUCCAGGUGCUGGUCGCCACGCAUGCAGGGCUCUACCGGAAGCCGGUGACUGGCAUGUGGGAUCACCUGCAAGAACAGGCCAACGAGGGCGUGCCCAUCUCCCUGAAGGACAGCAUCUUCGUGGGAGACGCAGCGGGCCGCCCUGCCAACUGGGCCCCGGGGCGGAAGAAGAAAGACUUUUCUUGCGCAGACCGCCUGUUUGCCCUCAACCUUGGCCUGCCCUUCGCCACACCGGAGGAGUUCUUCCUUAAAUGGCCAGCAGCCAGCUUUGAGCUCCCGGCCUUUGACCCGAGGGCCGUCUCCAGCGCUGGGCCGCUCUGCCUCCCGGAGUCCAGCAGUCUCUUGAGCUCCAGCCCAGAGGUGGUUGUCGCCGUGGGAUUCCCUGGGGCCGGCAAGUCCACCUUCCUCAAGGAGCACCUUGUUUCGGCCGGCUAUGUCCACGUGAACAGGGACACGCUGGGCUCUUGGCAGCGCUGUGUGAGCACGUGUGAGACCGCGCUAAAGCAAAAGAAACGGGUCGUGAUCGACAACACAAACCCAGACGUCCUGAGCCGGGCCAGGUACAUCCAGUGCGCCAGAGACACCGGUGUCCCCUGCCGCUGUUUCCUCUUCACAGCCACCCUGGAGCAGGCGCGACACAACAACCGGUUCCGUGAGAUGACGGACUCCUCGCACGCACCGGUGUCUGACAUGGUCCUGUACAGCUACAGGAAGCAAUAUGAGGCGCCGACGCUGGCCGAAGGCUUCGUCGCCAUCCUGGAGAUCCCGUUCCGGCUGCUUCUGGAGCCGCAGCUCGAGCGGCUGUACCGCCAGUUCUCGGAGGGCUGAGCCCGCACCGCCCCACCCCGCAAUAAAUGUGCUUUUCUCCU